AUGGCAGAUCGAGCGCCGUUGGACGCUCUUCGAGAAUCCCUGGCUACACCAAUAGCUCAAUUAAAUCCUGAAAUCGCCGAUGCAAAGUCCCGCGUUGUCGACGGAGUUGUUACCAUUACUUGGCCAUACAGUACCGUGACAAAAUCGAUCGCAUUCAUCCUCGCCGAGCAUGAUAUCCUGAUACGCCGUGACCGUGGACAAAUUCGAGUCGAGCUGCGCGGUGCUUCUGGCCAAGCUUUUGCAGAUGCGAAUAUUGGCGGUGGAGACCAACUUCGAAUAAGCUUAAAUGGUGCUCAAUGGACCAAUAACGAUGCGAAGACCGGUUUGCCAGCCGGAACGCUCGAAUGGCAACUGAACUUCACCAGUCGCCUAUUGCUUUCUAUUCGAAGAGUCGAAUCAGCAGGUCCAGAGGUCAUUGAUGUCAAUGCCUCAGAAGACCUUGUCGAUGGUGUCUUGGAGCCUCGUCCGGAUCCGCGUAUGACUCCGCCACCGGGGUCUGUCGGUGUGGAAGACCACGAGGAGAUUUCAACUCCUGUCGCACAAUCAUCUCACUCAACCGUCCUAUUGAAACGGCUUGCCUCCGAAACCUUUGAACCAGAAGAGUAUGCAUCGCCAGCAUUCCUAAAACGAGCCAGAGUUUCCUACGGAUCUUUAUUCGAAGGCGAAUUAGACCUAUUCGGAGAGGAUAAGGAAAAGAAUAAAAAGAGCAGACGAAAGUCCCGUUUCAGUAUGGGCAAUGCUGUCUGGAGGUAUAGCAGUCGAUCGCCGAGUCCCGAAACAAAAGAAUUAUCAGAACCGGAAAGUCUGGAAAACGGAUCGACAGAAGAGAUACGCGCGACCGCGGAUUCUAGCCAAAUUAUCCCGACAUCGCAGCGGUCUGCAAUGGUUGAUGAAGGGUGCCAAACUCAAGAAUAUGACUUCAGUUCUUCAAUACACGUUCAGGUUUCGGCUGAAGCGCAUUUUCCUGAGCUAGAGUUGACGGCAUCACCAACAGCGGGGUUAUUUGCUGAAAGGGGUCCAAGUCUGCAUACUCCAUCAAGAAACUUAUUCAGUCGCUCGCAACUGCAUGAUGAAGUGUCUGAUGUUGCGACGGAACCCCUCGGCUCUCAUGUCGCUACUAGUCAACACGAUCACAAUUUCGGCCUUGGACUGUCGACGACUCAUGCAGAAAUGGUGCCAAGUGCCUUCGGGACCGUGUCAGCACCGCCAGAGCUGAUAGGAAGUCAUGAGCGCCUUCUCGAGACCACCGUUGCACCUAGCUACCCUGACUUUGCCACAGCGGACCAAGUUUAUGCCGAGUCUAUGAUGCGCCAUGACCAAAACUUGCAUUUUCAAGAACAUGAUGUCCAUUCAACAAACCACGGAUACCAACAUGUUUCUCAACGGCAGAGUCCGACUUGGCAUUCCGAAGUUGUGUCUCCAUAUCCACCAGUCCCAAGCGAGCGUCAAGGUCCACAAGCUGCAGUAAUAAUAGAUGGUUCUCCUCCACCAGAGGUUGAGGCCAGUCGUGGCACUGGUUUUCGUACAUCACAAACACCCGCAGAAGAUGACGAAGCACCUCAAGAUCAGGAAGCCUCCCCAAUAGUAGGACAAGCUUCAACCCUAGGACAAGAACAAUCCGAUUCUGAAGAUGAUGGAGGUGACAUGAAGGGUGAAGACUACGACUUACGGAACUACGCACACACCCGGGAUGAUGAUGAUGAAUCUGUAUCAGAAGAAGGCUCAGAUGCCCCGGGCAGCGAUGUCGAGGAGCAGGCCAUAGAUUCGGAAGAAGAUGGCGAUACUAGCGAGGACGAGGAGGAUGAGGAAGCAAAAUACGCGCGGAUAACGCAGCAUAGAGGCUUUCCAGAGAGGGAACAGGACGAAUUUGCUGGAUCAGAGAAUGAGGAAUUAGCAGAUGUGGAAGAGGAAGAAGAGCAAUUCUAUGAUGAGGAAGGCAUGGAUGAAGAGAACGAAUACGACGAAGACGAAGAGGUAGACGAAGAAUACGACGAGGAAGAUUACGAAGAGGAUGCAAUUGACGAGCUAUCAACUCCUAAUAACCCAAGAGAGCCGGUUUGUAUUGACCUGAUAUCCGAUUCGGAAGAUGAGGAAAGAGAUGAUGAACUCCCGAAUGAAGAGCCCCAACACAUAAUACGAGGAGAACAGGACCAGCGUGAGGACCACACAUCACCAUAUGAAGAGGAAGAAAUUGAACAGGUUAUCAAGGAGCCUACGACUGCGAGACAUCCUGAUGACAACGAGGUUGAGGAGGAGGGUGAAGAAUCUGAGCCUAUAGCAGAUGAAGUCACCGAAAGUGAGGCGAUUCAACCAAGCACGGCAUCUCAAGAUGCUGAGGUGGUGGGCGUUACAGAGAAGCAGGAAGCACAUGAUGAGAUGGACGUUGACGAGGUGGCCUCGGAGCCAUCCAAUCAGAAUGCCGUUGAAGAGACUGAAAUGUCCGGUAUUGUGGCUCAGCAAACCACAAAGGAUGAUACCCGAGAGAUAGCGCGGCAUGAGGAGCACGCCACCAGAACCUCACCUGUUGAAGAUGCUGGAAACAUACCCCAUGAGGCGGACGUCUCUGAGGAGCAAACGGUAGCCCAUGAGUCCUCCACUGACGGAGCCGAUGUUAAGACGAUGGAGCCCUUGCCAGCUGAAGAUAUUCAGGGACCAGCUGCUAAGCUAGGUGAGCCAGCUGUCGAACAGGAACCUGAACAACUAACAGACGAAACCGAAGCCGCAAAGAAUGUUCAACUUUCUACACCUACGGAAACACAGGUUUUGGAGAAGACUACGGAACCCUUACCUGCUCAAGAAAAAGAAGGGGAAGAAGAUUACAACGAUUCCGCUGCCGCCGAGGACCAAAUCAUGAAGGAAUACUGGGAGUAUCAAUCCCCCACCUACAAAGGUUCUACAGCACACGUCAAGACCGGCGCGGAAGCGGCAACUGAAGCACCUGAGCUAGCAGAACCAGAGGAAUCCGACGUCCUGAUCACAGUCGCGUCACUGCGUAGCCGCCACCGGUCUCACCAAAAGACCCUGUCUGCUGAUUCUACAAGUUCAGCACCUAAGGAUCCAAGUGUGCUCUUAGCUCAAGCCAGCAGCCAAACCCGCUCAGAUGAAGUCGAGCCGGAGCCAGAGCCCGGCAAGGAACCAAGUUCGCCACGCAUGCUGCGCAUCAUUCGGAGCACCAAGCCCGAGCAUCCGGAUCCAAGCAUCCUCCUCGCCAAAUCGUCGGCGGAGCCAUCCAAAAGAGACGAAACACCCGGUCCAACAGUCCGGGUGACACGCAGCAUGACGGGGCACUCUGAAGAACCUUCCUCCCCUAUAGGAAUCAGAACAUCUAGGCGCGCCGCCACGCCCGAAACUCAAACCACCCAUCGUGACGACCAAGUGCUCGUAUCCCCCUCCAUAUCGGGCUCCUUCGUUGAUGACGAGUCCCUCUCGGCCCUGAAGCGCCAACUGCAGAAGGACCUGCGCACAAAGCUUCCCGACCACGUCCCCCUUCGCUCCCUCCGCACAUCCCUCAAUAAGAUAGUCGACGUCCUCGCCGUGGCCACAUCCACGCCUCCGCAGCCGCACCGUCCUAAGCACGGUCCGAGGGACUACAUGCUCGAACUGACACUUACCGACCCGUCUUCUGCGCCGUCUGGCGUCAGUGUAGCGCACAUUUUCCGUCCGCACCAAGCCUCCCUGCCUGUCGUUCACAAGGGGGAUGUCGUAUUGCUACGUCGUGUCACGGUGGUGUCCAUAAAGGGUCGUGGUUUUGGGGUCAGGGUCUGUGAUGCCUCCGCGUGGGCCGUGUUUGAGAUGGGUGACGAUGAGAUGCUCCCUCAGAUUAAGGGACCGCCAGUGGAAGUUGCCGAUGAGGAGGUUGAGUAUGCGGGCGGGCUGAGGAAGUGGUGGGGAGUGCUGGACCAGGCGGCCAGAGGCAAGAUUGAUAAGGCUACGCAAAAGGUGGUGGGUUAA